GGACCCAGAGCGGUGCUCGUGGUCAGUUUGCCUGUGGCCUGCGCCCGAGCUGUGGGGAGGACGUGGGGACACCCUAGAGGCCGAGAAAUGGACCCAGUGACCUUUGAGGAUGUGGCUGUGAACUUCACUCAGGAGGAGUGGGCUUUGUUGGAUCUUUCCCAGAAGAAUCUCUACAGAGAUGUGAUGAGGGAAACCCUCAGGAACCUGGCCUUUGUAGGAAUAAAAUGGAAAGACCAACAUAUUGAAGACCAAUGCAAAAAUUCAAGUUUUUCUAAAUACUUGAAAGAAUUCAUACUGAAGAACAACCGUACAAAUGAGAGAAACCUAAGAAGUCAUCUGGUAGAGAGACUCUGUGAAAGUGAAGAAGGCAGUCAGAAUGAAGAAACCAUCAGCCAGAUUCUAGAUCUUAAUCUGACUGAGAAAACAAGUGGAGUUGAACCCUGUGAUAGCACCACAUGUGGAGAGGAGUCCAUGAGUCAUUCGUCUCUUAGUAAGCACCCAAGAGCUCACACCGGACAAAAAACCCAUGACCAUCACGGUGGAAAGGAGACACAUCAAGAUAAGCAGUGCGCAAAAGCCAACGGUUAUCAUCACAUUGGAGAGAAACGUUAUGAAUGUCAGGAAUGUGGAAAAGUCUUCAUUUCUCUUGCAAGCUUUCAAAGACACAGGAUAACACACACUGAAGCGGAACCUCAUAAAUGUAAAUGUAAAGUAUGUGGGAAAGCCUUUUAUUCUACUAAUUUAUGUCAAAUACAUGAAAAAACUCACCCUGAAAAGAAACCUUAUCAAUGUAAGCAAUGUGGUAAAGGGCUAAGUACUGCCAAGUCCUUCCAAAUACAUAAGAGGAUUCACACUGGAGAGAAACCCUAUGAAUGUAAGGAAUGUGGGAAAGCCUUCAGAUGUCCCAGUGAUUUUCGAAGACAUAAAAGAACACACACUGGAGAGAAGCCCUUUGAGUGUAAACAGUGUGGUAAAGCUUUUGCUCGUUCUAGUUCUGUUCGAAUACAUGAAAAAACUCACACCAGAACAAACACAGGCUGUGAAUGUAAGGAAUGUGGGAAAACCUUUGUUUCUCUCUCAACCUUUCAGAGGCAUAUGAUAAGGCAUACCGGAGAUGGGCCUUAUAAAUGUAAGGACUGUGGAAAAGCUUUCAUUAGUCUUGUUUCAUUUCAAAUACAUGAAAAACUACACACUGGAGAGAAAGUCUAUCAGUGUAAACAAUGUGGGAAAACCUUAAGCAAUCCCAGUUCCUUUCGCAUCCAUGAAAGAACUCACACUGGAGAGAGACCCUAUGAAUGUAAGGAGUGUGGGAAAUCCUUUAAUUGUCCAAGUUCCUUUCAGAGACAUGAAAAAACUCACACUGGAGAGAAACCCUUUGAGUGUAAAAAGUGUGGGAAAGCCUUCAGUCGUUCCUGUUACCUGCAGAUGCAUGAACGGAUUCACACAGGAGAGAAGCCCUAUGAAUGUAAACAAUGUGGCAAAGCAUUUAGCAGUUCCAGUUCCUUUGGAAUACAUAAAAGAACUCACACUGGAGAGAAACCCUAUCAAUGUAAAGAAUGUGGGAAAGCCUUCAGUUGCCACAGCUCUUUUCAAAGACAUCAAAGGAUUCACACUGGAGAAAAACCCUAUGAAUGUACAAAGUGUGGUAAAGCCUUCAGCCGCUCCAGUGUCUUUCAAAUACAUGCAAGAACUCACACCAAAGAGAAACCCUACGAAUGUCAAGAAUGUGGGAAAGUCUUUGGUUGUUCUAGUUCCUUUCAAAUACAUAGAAGAACGCACACUGGAGAGAAACCCUAUGUAUGUCAAGAAUGUGGUAAAGCAUUUAGUUGUUCUAGCACCUUUCAAAAACACAAAAGGACACACACUGGAGAAAGACCCUAUGAGUGUCUAAAAUGUGGUAAAGCCUUCAGUCGCUCUAGUACCCUGCAGAUACAUAAUAGAAUUCAUGAAAGAACUCUUAAUGAAGGAAAAACUGCCCAAAUACCGUGAGUAUGGGAAAGCCUUCAUUUGUCACAAUCCCUUUCAAAACAGGAAAGAAGGCAUACUGGAGAGAAACCCUGUGUAAGGAAUGUGGGAAAGCUUUGGCUGAGUGGGAAAGCACAUUGAGAACACCCACUGGUGAGCAACUCUAAUAGGCUGAAGGUUCAGGUGCCUUUUGUUGUCCCACUUCACUUCAAAGCCAUGAGAGAAUGCGUGGAGGAGAGAUGAAGCAGUGGAACAGCAGCAGUGGGCAAAGCCCUCGGUUGGCUCAUCUUAAGGGACAUGUAAAACACACACUGGGGCUUGAGUGGAGCUUGGCAUGUUAGAGCUGCUGACCAGCCCCAUGACCCCUGGUCAGUACCCAGGCAAAGGUGGAGAGAAAUAAUGAACACUGCAUUGAAAACUUGAAGUGUGAAAAACAAGAAGAAUGUUUUCAAUUUUGACAGUUACUUUGAAAGCCUUAUAAAAGCUUCCAAUUUAGAGAAAACAUACAUAUUGAAAUAAUAUGCAAAGCCUGAUGCAAAUUAAUACACAUAUAAUGCUCCAGAAAAAUACACAUCCUGAAGGAAAUGUUAUUAAAGGUGUAAAUUGAUUUUCUCACCUGCCUUCCUCUU